AUGGUUUGGAACCAACUGGACCCAGACAGAACGCACGUCGCAUAUGCGUGUCUAGGAUUUUUCACCGUCUUGUUUGCCCUGUGCUCGUCGGUGGUGAAGGAGAAGCUCUUCUUCGGUGAGGCCACGGUGUCUGCGGUGUUCGGGUUAGUGAUCGGACCGCACUGCUUCGGGUGGUUCGACCCGCACGCGUGGGGAAACCCGCUGUACAACACGCUCGAGAUAUCCCGGAUCCUGCUCUGCAUCGAGCUCGUGGCAGUCGGAAUCGAGCUCCCGCCGCGGUACGUGUACCACAAGAGGACGCCGUUGUGCACGCUGCUCUUCUUUGCCAUGGUGGUCGGGUGGCUUGUGUUUGCGGCCUUCGUGCACUGGCUCGUGCCGGGCUACUCGUUUGCCUGGGGCCUGCUUGUCUCCGCGUGCGUGACCGCCACAGACCCCGUCUUGGCCCAGGCCAUCAUCGGCAAGAGCAAGUUCGCCUCCAAGUACGUCCCGCUGCACUUGAAGCGCCUCCUCACCGCAGAGUCCGCCUGCAACGACGGCCUCGCCGUCCCCUUCGUCUACCUCGCCCUCAACAUCAUCGUCCACUCCGGCAACAGCAGCCAGAUAGCCAAGAACUUCAUCUGCAUCACCGUCCUCUACGAGUGUCUCUUUGGAUGCGUGCUCGGCGCCUCUCUCGGCUACGCGUCCAGCUGGGCCGUCAGGCUCGCCAAGAAAUACGACCUCAUCGACAACGAGUCCAACAUCUUCUUCCCCGUCGCCGUCGCCUUCUUCUGCGCCGGCAUCUCCCCCAUCCUCGGCAUCGACGACUUGCUUGCGUCUUUCUGUGCAGGCUGCGGCUUUGUCUGGGACGACUGGUACGUCCGGCGCAGAGAAGACGAGAGCUUCAUCGACUCCCUCGACGUCUUCCUAAACAUCUCCUACUUCAUCUACUUCGGCUCGAUUGUCCCCUGGGAACAGUUCAACAACGCGGCCUUGGGUCUCAACGCUUGGAGAUUGGUUGUUCUUGCCAUUGUUUUCUUGACUCUCAGAAGAUUCCCAGCAGUCCUCAUGCACUACAAAAUCAACCCUGAAAUCCGUUCUUUCAAGGAGGCCAUCUUUGUCGGCCACUUUGGUCCAAUCGGCGUCAGCGGGAUCUUUGCAUGCAUCCUUGCGAUAUCCGAUUUGGAAGUGGACGCUCAAGGGGUUGCUCACGGCCCAGUCGUCGGAGACGUUCCGGACAAUGUCAAGAUGGCGCAGUUGAUCAACUCCAUUUUCCCGCUAGUAUCAUUCCUUGUCGUCGUCUCCAUCAUUGUCCAUGGAUCGUCUGCUGCAUUCAUAGUGUUUUCUUCACACUUGAAAAAGAAAAAGAAAGAGCACAGAAAAAUGCAAUCGAGAAGGAAACAAGGCUCAGCAAACGAUACGCAAGAUAACGACGCUGAAGACGACGAUGACAUCGGCGAUGACGAUAACGACGAUAACGACGAUGACAACGAUGACAACGAUGACGACGAUGACCAACGCAACGAAGAUGACACAGACGAGGAGGAUGACUACACAGAGCAGUCCAAUGCUUCAGAUCGCUCCUCCGAGCCCAUUAUUCAACCUAUACACAUUGGUGAAUCUUUGAAGAUGGCUGAUCUUCCUUCCGCAGCACACUGA